AUGAAGGCGGAGACGGCCGACGUGGUGCUCGACGUCCGCGACCACAACUACCUCCCCAGGGUCGCACCGCACUUCCUCAAGUGGAGGGCACAGUAUGGAGAGCCAUUUCUGUUCUGGUUUGGCGCGAAGCCCCGGAUCUGCGUCUUCGACUACGAGUUGGUUAGGCAGAUCGUUUCAAGCAAAUCCGGACACUUUCCGAAGAACGACGCGCACCCGAACGUGUUGGAAUUGCUCGGCAAGGGACUGGUAUUGGUGAACGGUGUGGAUUGGGUGCGCCAUCGCAGGGUCAUUGACCCUGCUUUCGCAACGGAUAAGAUAAAGGUAAUUGAUAUUAUGCCUUAA